UCUCUCUCUCGAAAGUGGAAAAUGAUUGUUAUGGAAUAUGGUUAAAGUUUAGACUAGAUGCAUAACCUUUUACUUUCUUUUUUCUCCAACAAAGGGUGCCUUUGGAUGUGCAACACUACUUGAUAAAAGCCUACCAAUUGAAGAGGGUGAUGCUCGCUAUAUGCCUUCAGAGAUCCUGAAUGAGAAACAUGACGAUCUUGACAAGGCUGAUAUCUUCUCAUUGGGAGUUGCUAUGUAUGAGCUUAUUAGAGGUUCACCGUUACCGGAAGAAGGACCUCAAACCUUAAAUCUUAAGAAAGGAAAAUUGCCACUGCUUCCUGGUCACUCCUUGCAACUUCAGAACUUGCUCAAGGCCAUGUUGGAUCCAAAUCCAGUCUGCAGACCAUCAGCUAAAGAGUUGGUUGAAAAUCUAAUGUUCCACAGGGUGCUAAAAAAUGCAUGGGCCUAGGACAACCACGAUUGCGAAUUGAAGAGAUUGGGGUAUUGUAUUAUAGUAUAUGUCAUCCUUUUGUGUCUGCCAGCCCAGUAAAAUAGGCAGAAGUAUGUGAAUGGCCAAUUUUGUAUCUAUAAUUCUCCCUCAUGUAUUAAUAUGCACCUAAUUUUCCUCCUAAUGCGGUGCAUUUUUUAUGAAUCCUGAGGAUUCCUUGGUCAUGGACUCGAGUAUUUUACUGGUAAUGGAAAAGUCUAAAGCCUUUGUUGGGUGCCUUCUCUACA